CACUAUCAUCUCGACUGGCACCGCUUCAACCUGAAGCAGCGACUCCUUGGGCGCCAGAUGCUGACGGUAGAAGCGUUUGAGGAGAAGACCCGCACAGGUGAUGUUUCCAGCAUCUCAGGGUCUGAUUCAGAGAGCUCUGAUUCAAGCAGUGAGUCGGAGCUGCUGCCCUCUGCCAGGGACACCCCUGGGACCCCUCUGGUCCCCCGCUCGCACAAGGUGCUGCUCCGCAAUGAGAAGGGCCAGCUCAUCUCUGCCUAUCGCUGCGUGCUGGGCAACAGAAAGGGUGGCAGUGAGGAGCCAGCAGAGCUGAUAGCAUCACUGCAGAGCCUCGGUGCGAGCACCUGCUGGGUUGUGCUGAUGAUGGGCGGCGGGCACUUCGCAGGAGCCGUGUUCCGGGGCCCCCAGAUGCAGGAGCACAAGACCUUCCACCGCUACACGGUGCGAGCCCGGCGGGGCACAGCACAGGCCCGGACCCCAGGGUUGGCCCCCAGGUCAGCCGGAGCCUCCCUGCGGCGUUACAAUGAGGCUGCACUGCUCAAGGAUAUUCAGGACCUGCUGGAAGCAUGGGGACAACACCUGAAGGAAGCUCAGCGCAUCUUUCUCCGGGCCCCGCGCCACAGCCGUGCGCUGCUCUUCGGUGGCAGGAACCCACCCCUCACCCGGGGCGACUCUCGCAUCUGCCACAUCCCCCUCAGCACCCGCAGGGCCACCCUGCGAGAGGUGCUGCGAGUCCACGCCGCGCUGGCCAGCCUGCAGGUGUACGGGAAGGACACGCCACUGGAGGACAUCAUUGGGUCCCCCCGGAAGGGCUGGCAGAAGAAACAGCGGAAAGCAGAGGUGGAUCCCCCGCAGGAGGACACAAGUGGUGAGUUGAGCCCCCCGUCAGCACCCGAGGAGGAGGGAGUGGAGGAGGAAAGCCUUGCAGGGGAACUGGAGACUGUGGAAGUGACACUAGGGACCUUGGACCUCCGGGAGUUUGAAGUAGUGCCCAAGCGAAACCGCAAAAGGAGGAAGAAGAGGGACAAGAAGUUGGAGAAAGAACCUCGUGCCAAAGAGACAGAGUGCCGUGGUCCCCAGUGUGGGCAGCCCAGCCCAGAGCUGGUGAUGGAGCUGCAGGAGGAGGCUGGGCCUGAGCCCCUUCCCUGGGGUGUUGGAGGAGACCCUCAGACCCAGCUCCGCGACGCGCUGUACACCGCCUGCAAAACGGGGGAUGUGGUGACACUGCGGCACCUCCUGGGUGUGCCAGAGAGUGGGGGCCUGUCGGGGCACAGCAAGGAUGGAGAGGGCACGCAGCCUCUGGGUGUGCCCCACUCCCUGCUCAACCAGCCCGUGGAUGAGCGUGGCUGCACCCUCCUUCAUGUGGCAGCACGGGCAGGGAAGGCUGAGGUGCUGUGCCUGCUGAUGGAGGCAGGGGCAGACCCUGCCCUCAGAGACAGGCAGGAGAGGACUCCCUACUGUGUCUCAGCUGACAAACCGACACGCAACGCCUUCCGCAAGUUCAUGGUGGACCACCCAGACAAGUACGACUACAGCCGUGCCCAGGUGCCAGGGCCCCUGACGCAGGAGAUGGAGGCCAAGAAGCUGGAGAAGAAGCGGGUGCAGAAAGCCCAGCGGAAGCAGCGGGAGCAGGCGCAGCGGGAGGAGCGGCAGCGCCGGGAGCAGGAGCAGGAGGAGAAGCAGCGCUUCGCAGCCCUGUCCGACAGGGAGAAGAGGGCCCUGGCUGCCGAGCGAAGGCUGGUCAUGCAGCUGCAGGAUGCUGGCACAACUCCUGUCAACGUCAGCCGCUGCUGGCAUUGUGGAGAGUCCCUACUGGGCCGGAUCCCUUUCCAUUACCUCGACUUCUCCUUCUGCUCCACGGCCUGCCUGCAAACCCACCGCCGGGCUCGGGCCACCCACACAUAA